UUCUUUUUUUGGUUUGGUUUUGCUUCUCUCUCCUCCCGCUUCUCUUUCCCCAUUACACACCAUGAACAGCUUCGCCGAUGGCGGCUCCUCUAGGGUUUCGAUUCCGCACCAUCUCCGCAAAACCCUUCAGAGUAUCAGAGAGAUUACCGGCAAGCAGCACUCCGACGAGGAUAUCUUCGCCGUCUAUAAGGAAUCCUUCAAUGAUCCUCACGAGACCGCCCAGAAGCUCCUCUUUUUAGAUACAUUUCAUGAGGUGAAAAGUAAAAGGGAGAAAAAGAAGGAGAAUCUAGCGCCAAUUACCCAAGGAAGUGACCUAAGUGGCCGGAGGAACGUUGCUUCAAGUAACACUCAUCAAGAUGCAAGUAAUGGAAGAAGUGCAUCUUAUAAAAGGGAGAUUGGAGCUAACCAUGUAUCAGGAGGUCCUAGAGUUUCUCUUCCUGCCACUAACAAAGCAAGAAAUCUCGCAGUACCUCGUGGAAAAAAGAUACCUUUUAGGGGGUUAAGCAAUCAUAAAGCUCAGGAUUAUUUCACUGCAACUGUGAACAAGGGACUUGCAGAGAAAAAUCGUGCUUCCAAGUCGACUUCUUCCUCCGUGGAUGAAGUUGAACCAGAGACGUCUAGAGCAAUUUCAGAAUCAGUUGCUGCACCUGUCUCAGUUUCUGUUGUACAAAACCAUAUGCAAGAUGCAACUUCUGCUCAGAUCUCACAACCUGUUAUGAACAACCAGCCAGCAGAGUUGCAAUCAUCUACACUCGGUCUUCAGGAUCCGUCUUUGAUAUCUGCGUCUCAUUGCAGUAGCCAGGCAGAUCAAGCCACCGAAAAUGAGACUGCAUCUAAUAAAGGCAAAGCUCAAUCGCUUCUCAAGUCAGAUGUUGGCAAACGGUCUCAUGUAACAUUUCCAUUCCACCUUCAGGUUGCCGAAGUACUGCAAAAUGGUCUGACGUUUGGCAGUUUUGAUUCUAAUCUUGUGAAAGAGGCAUCUUCUAACAAUGGUGCUAGUGGCGGUGAUGACUCAACUUUUGAGUCUUCUCAUGGGACAGGGGAUGAUGAGGGAGAUUCUUCUCCCACUACCAAUGGUAUUCCUGGGGUUGCUUCUGCCAGAGAAGGAGCAUUAUCUUUUUUUGAAGUUAAGGAUCAUAGGAUUUCAAGUUCGGCUCCUGGAGCUGAGCUAGUGCGGCGCUCAGAUAAUAUUGUCGCAUCUGUCGAAGAUGAACUGAAGGGGGAAGUUUUAUCGAACACACAAACUCAUCAAAUUGCGUAUGGCCAAGCCCCAUUCAGUGUGUAUGGUCUUGUUCCUUCGUUGUCAGCAAUAGGCCAACCCGUAAAUACGGAAGCCGCAGAGACUCAGCCUGGAAAUUCGAAUGCUCCAGCUAUAUCAUUAGUAUCAUAUCCGCCAGAUCAGUGCUCCAUAGCAGCAGCCUCUCAGCAGGCGACUCAUCUUUUUAGGCAACAAUACCCUCCCAGUUUCUUCCCUUAUGGUCCUUAUUACUCACCGUUUUAUAUGCCACCGCCAUACAUUCACCAGUUCUUGAGCCCAAAUGGGAUUCCUCAGCAGUCUUAUUUUCCACCAGGAGCUGCUCUAGCAGCACCUACCCAUAUACCACCAGUAGGCGACACUGAGAACCCUCCUACCACAAACCCAUCCCCACAUGCCUCUUCCACAGUUGCUACUCACAUCCCAUCUGCAACCGCCUUCAACUCUAUCCAUAGUGAAGAACAGACUUCACCACCAAUGACUGAAAGUGCAGCUGCGUGGAUUGGGCAGGGACUUGGCAACCUGCAGGUGAAUCCAAUGUACAACCUAGCCCUGCAAGGUCAGCCACUUGGUUUCCCAGUCGUGCAGGCUGGUCAUAAUGGGCUCAUGGGAGUACACCAACCAUCGCACUCCAUGGCCGUUCAGCCAACUACAUAUCAGACAGUAACGCCACCGCCACACACCACAAUGGCUAUGGCUGAACCCAUAGGACACUCACACAUUGCUUAUCCUCAAGUUGCUGUAACGAACCGGGUCAACAACUAGUAGGCCGGUGGGAAGAAGCUAUAAAGAUACACAUCAAACGUGUAAAAGAGGUGUUAAAGUCUGGAUUUUUGGGUGUAAAUACUUAGGAAAUAUCAUCCCAGUGGAAUUUAGGUUGACAAUUACAAGAGGGGAGGGAAGAAGAUGUGCUUCAAAGUAGAAAUUGUUUUGCCUGAUUUUUUGGUGUGAGACCAUCCAAACAAUACAUGAAGAAUGAAUGCUUAGGAAGAAGAUCCCUAUGGAAUAGUUUUUGUGAAACUGAUGAUGUCUCUUUUGUCUGUAUUCCCCUGUGGAAUAGUUUUGCCUGAUAUUCCCAAUCAUAUGGAAUAU